CCUCUGUCCUGUUAGCUAGUCCUGUCCAUCACGCUAACCCGGAUACCGGCGUUUUCUGACUGAAACGCCGCCUUAGUGUCGAUUCAGGACGCUUUGUCGUUAGCGGCAGGUAGCUGACUUGUGUUACUUGUGUCUUUGUUUACUGUCGUUGCGAAUUUUAGACGGAGAGAUACUGAGAGCACCAGCUGUCAGCUAAGGUAGCUAGCAUAACAUGAGGGAGCCGCACAGCACUCUUGGAAACAUCGUGAAGAAAGUUAGAAAGUAGGCAGCGUAUGACUGGCUUAACAGGAGGCUACGUUAACCAAUAUUUGCUCUUACUGUAACUAUCAUGUAAAGGCUUUACACACUUGUUGUACCUGUGGAUCUGGACUCUGGGCUCACAAACAGCUGGAGGGCACUGAGGGACUACCAAUGAGAUGACUGGAGGAUUUUACACAUACGCAGCUUUUCACGCUACACCUGUGUUUCAAGCUCUGUCCACACCUGAGCAUCUGAGCUGAACAUCAGCUCUCCAGAGCCGCCAUGGCAGUCUGUGUGAAGGCUGUGUGUUGUGGUGGUGUGGAGAUGAAAAUACACAGAGUGCUGCUCUCUGGAUGUAUGAACUGCACCAGGAUGUAUCUGCCAUUUAGUGGGAACUUUUACCCAAAGCGCCUUUUUAGCUCUGUAAGUGCUCUUUCCCCAAGACUUGGUGGGACUCAGGCCCUCAUACUUUGCCGGGCUCGUAAACUGCUCUCCCCACUUGGAAAUAGAAAACUAACCUUGUACAGCAGGAGGUACAGUGACGUUGCUUCAAGGUGUCAACCCAGAAAAUAUCAAUCUGCUGCAGCAAGAAAGGAGAACCUGCUGCAAGGAGGUGCAGCGUGGCCUGUGUCCUUUAUCCGCAGCAGAGUGACAGAUGCUCCUCUUUCCAGUGUGCCUCCAGCUUUUGUAGUGAUGAAGUUUGACCAAGGGGGGAAUGUGACAUCAUUUGAGAAGAAGAAAACAGAGCUUUGCCAGGAGCUAAGCCUUCAGGCCAGAGACCUUCGCUUUCAGCACAGUACCAGCCUCACUGCGAGGAACAACUGCAUUAUCAUACGAAUGGCGUCUCUGAAAGCCAUCGUGACCCCAGAGUCUCUUUUGGUGUUGGAUUUCCGUGGUCUGGGUUUAGAGCACUGGUUGGUACUGGAGCUUGCGCCUCAGCUAGCAUCACAGACACACACUCUGCCCUUCGAGUUCAGAGCACUGGAGGCCAUACUGCAGCACAAGGUAAACACUCUACAAACCCGGCUGAAUGAAGUUGAACCAGUAAUAUUGGACGUAUUAGAAUCCCUAGUGGAUCCUAAAAUCCUUUCUGCUGAUAGAAGUAAACUACACAUACUGUUGCAGAACAGCAAGAGUUUAUCAGAGUUGGAAACGGAUGUAAAAGUUUUUAAGGACUCCUUGCUGAAGAUUUUGGAUGAGGACGAAAUCAUUGAAGAAUUCUGUCUAACCAAGUGGACAGACCCGAGAGUUUUUGAGGAGAGCAGUUUGGGCAUUGACCAUGCUGAGGAGAUGGAACUGUUACUGGAGAAUUACUACAUGCAGGCUGAAGAGCUGGGGAACAAGACCAGAGAAUUGAAAGGGCUGAUAGAUGAUUCUGAGAGUGUCAUCUUUAUCAAUCUGGACAGCCAUCGUAACGUGAUGAUGCGGCUGAAUCUGCAGCUGACAAUGGGCUCCUUCUCCCUUUCCUUAUUUGGACUGAUCGGGGUGGCCUUUGGAAUGAAUUUAACAUCGUGCUUUGAAGAGGACCCUCGUGUUUUCUGGCUGGUAACAGGCUUCAUGUUCUUGGGCAGCGGGCUGAUAUGGAGAAGACUGCUGUCUUUUCUGGGGAGACAUCUGGAGCCGUCAAUACCCCCACUAAUCCCUCCGGUCUGGAAGAGAACUGUGAAAGCAUCAGACAUCAAAGCAGGAGUCAGAUGAAGUUCUACCUCUGCUCUGUAAAGUGCCACAGACCUCACAUGGACUCUGCAGCUUUAAAGACAAUUGUUUUAUUAUCCCAAACCCCCCGGAUUCUCUAUGAAUGCAGAAAACUUACUUUUUUUUUUUUUAAACACAUCUCAUCAUUUUAGUCUCCCAUGCCUACAGCAGAGAUCAAGACUGCAUCCAAAUGUCUGGCGAUUCCACUGUGUUACAGUAUGUGUGCUCAUGUGUCCCCAUCAUUAUAUUUCACGCACUGUGUCGUGGUUAUUUCAGAUGCUUGAUUAGAUGUCUUGAUAUCUAAUCAUAUCUGUGGAUAAAACAUGGGGGCGCAGAGUGUUGCUCUGUCGUCACUUUUUUUUUUUUAUGGGUGGAUGUGUAGGCACUGAAACCAGAAACAGGCCAACUAAUAUGAUAACCACCUUAACUGCAGUUGUACGUUCCCUCAUUUCACAGGUAAAAAAUGUGUUAUAAUUAAGUAAAUUUGUAUUAUUUAAAUAAAUGUGAGCCAUAUGAAUGUGGAAAGUCUAUUGUUAAUAUCUAUAAAGAGUUAUUCACACUGUUUGUUAAGCUGAGUUGAUACAGUGUGCAACAUUAGUCAGACAAUGAGGGCUUUUCUAAAUAGACCAUUUUCACGACAGACAUGUUGAAAUGUCAGAGCAGGAAAAAGCACUGGUGAAAAUAAUUUUAACGUUCCAGUGAGCAUCUACGAUACCAUUUGGAUGGUUUGCAGGGACUGUUCUUAAAACACUUGCUGCUCUGAAAUACAAGGAUUUAUCAGGUGUUGACCAGGCACUUGAUGUGAUGGUGAACAUGACUGAUUAAAAGCAGUGAAACACAGGCUUAUUUGUUUCAGGGAACUCUUUUCGAACAGUGGCGAAGCAGCAGGUUUUCCUCAUUCUUAAAAAAUUAUUUGUCUAGUUAUUUGUCUUGUCAGUGUCUCACUUUUUGUUUGUGUGUCUCAAAAUUUGCCCCAAAAUUAAAGGGUAUUAACAUACAUGGAGUUUUCAGGAGUAUGACUAUGACUGUUCCUGUUCUCAAGAAAGCUGAGUUAACUUUAUUGCAAAUGUUAGGAAUUUGCCUUGGUGAACUCAUAGUGCAGCAGAACAGACACAACAUGCAGCACAGACUACUAAUAAUAAAACCAUAUACAUAAAAAAAUUAAUACACACAGAACCUAAAACAAUAUACCUUAAGUGCAGGCACUGCGAGUUAUUAGUGUUGUGAAUGUUAAAGGCAGAACCUUAAUGAAAAUAUGUAUAAACCUACAAAAGGAAACCUCUGUCAUUCUGGGGUACUGUAGGCCAAAGCAAACUAUGGUGAAAUGACACAAUGCAGCAUGUAAACAACUGAAAAUACCACUGUGAUGUUUUCAUCAUUUUCACAAGUGCCUGAGUUCUAUAAUAGUCUCUGGAUGUUAUAUUUUUCUUUUACUGCUAUGGACAAGAAAGAUUAUCUUACUAGAUGAGCUGCUGCCUGAAUGUGUCUGUAAAGUCCACCACUUAAUCCCCUGUACACACCCUCAGCUCUAUUCAGUCUCACACAGAAAACGUGUUGAAGCUUAUUUAAAGCAGUCGGCCUGAAAAACAGCAACGUCUGAAAGAGAGGCUCUCUUGCCUGUUUCUCAGAUCUGGUACAGUAAACACUCACCACUCUUUUUACAGGACAUGUCUAAAACACAGUGGCGAGGGUAAGAUGCAUUAACAUAUAAAAAUUUUUAAAAUUAGAGAUUGAUGGAAAUGUUCAGCUGACGGCUGAAUUAGAUCAAGUGCCCCAGUAAGCCUUAACCAGUGAGCCAGCAUGUGCAAUAGCAGGACUCUAGAACCAACUCACCUAAAUGGAACGCAGGCGUCUUGUGUUAUCAAUUACAUUUCUUGCAAUGACAGACCAAUAUGCCUUCUAUGAAAAAGGUCUAAAAAGAAUAAACAUGUACAACUUUAGACAUAAAACAAAACUUUAUCAAAAAACCCUGCACAUACUCUAUAUCGGCCUGUCUCUUUGUCCCUUUAUGUAUUUACAGUCAGUUCAGUUUAAACAAAAGGCAAAUGUGAAAGCAAUCCACUAAACACAAUAUAAUCUGCCACGCUGCCAAACAGGGCUGCUCUUAAUUUACAUUUGACCUUUAUUAGCAUAUAAUUCAAAAAUCAAAGUCAGUGCAGAGCAUUUUAUUUUAUAUCAACACAACAGAAACAGUGAAAUCUUCCAUUGCAAAAACUAAAAAC